AUUGGAUUUCAGGGGUUGGUCUGGCGAAUUCCAUAGGAGAUAUGACCAGAAUUCCACCAUUUUCUGGGAUGGAUAUGAAACAUAUUCGGAAUUGUAGAUACUAUUCUGUAAUUAUUUUGUUCCUUAGUUUUUCCCUUCUUUGAAUGCUCAAAGAUGGAAAAAGACGUGAUUACAACAAGUACGUCAAUGGUUUCACUCCCUGAGUUGUUUUCACAGACCACAUUUGCUGUACUUGAUUGCAUUCAUGCUGCCAAGGCUGUCAUUGCUCAGACUAAGAAUUUCGAGAGAUUCUCAAAUUUCAUGGAGAAGAUCACACUUAUCUUAAAAGAGUUAUCAAAAUCAAAUGCAAAUGAUUCAGAGAGCUUAAGAAAUGGUCUCGCUAUUCUGAACGUGGAAGUUAAAGUUGUGAAACAGCUAGCUGAUGAAUGUGGAACUAGAAACAAGGUUUAUCUCUUGAUCAACUGCAGGAAAAUCUUGAAGCAAUUGGAGAACAGCACGAAAGAGAUUUCUCAAGCACUAAAGUUCAUCCCUUUGGCCUCUUUGGAUGAUCUGAGAACUAUUAAUAAGGUUACCAGGUUGUGCAAGGAUUUAGUGGAAGCUGAAUAUAGUCCCUGUACAGGGGAAACUACUAUUUUGGAGAAGAUUGAGUCAGGCUUGCGAGAGAGGAAUGUUGACAGAUGUUUUGUGAAUGAUCUGUUUGUUUUAAUUGCUGAAAGAAUCGGAAUUCCUAGUGAACACUUGGCCAUGAAGAAGGAACUUGAAGAACUGAAGGCCGACAUACGAGGUUCGAAACCCAGAAUUAGCAUGACCGAAGCAAGAAGAAUGGAACAGAUUAUUGAGCUGCUUGAAAUGGGUGAUGUUAUGGCAUCUUCUGAGGAGAAAGCUAAAAGGUACCAACUUGAAAGAGACUCACUUGGUACUCAACCUUUUCUGGCUCUCCAAUCGUUUUAUUGCCCAAUCACCAUGGACAUCAUGGUUGAUCCAGUGGAGAUUUCAUCAGGUCGGACGUUCGAAAGAAGUGCCAUUGAAAGGUGGUUUGCAGAUGGAAACAAGGUCUGCCCAUCGACAUCAAUUCAGUUGGAUUCAUUGGUUUUACAGCCUAACAAGACUCUCAGACAAACAAUUGAAGAAUGGAAAUACAGGAACAAAAUGAUCACCAUCGUUUCCAUCAAACCUAAACUUAAGCCAAAUGAUGGCCAAGAAGUGCUUCAAUCUCUCUCUGAGCUGCAGGAUCUAUGCACAGAACGAGAGUUGCACCGAGAAUGGGUGACAUUUGAGGGUUAUAUACCGAUUCUUAUUGGACUUCUUAGAGUAAAAAAUGGUGAAAUAAGAACACAGGCUUUAGCCAUUCUCUGCCUACUUGCUGGAGAUAGUCAUGAAAACCGGGAAAGGAUUGCUAAAGAAGAUUAUGCACUCGAAUCCAUUGUCAAAUCUGUUGCUCGCCAAAUAAAGGAAAGCAAGUUGGCCAUAGAGUUGCUAUUGCAAUUAUCAAGAAGCAGUGCACUACGAGAUGCCAUUGGAUCCAUUCAAGGCUGUAUUUUUCUUGUCGUCACUAUGCUAAGCAGUGAUGAUGCUCAAGCUUCUAGAGCCUCAAGAGAGCUUUUGGAUAACCUUUCUUUCCUAGAUCAAACUGUUAUAGAGAUGGCCAAGGCAAAUUUCUUCAAACCUUUAUUGCACCUUCUUUCUUGGGGGCCAGAUAAUGUGAGGUUGCUGAUGGCUAAGACAUUGUCUGAAAUUGAGUUCACUGAUCAUCAUAAACUAUCCCUAGUUAAAGAUGGGGGAGCACUAGGACCUCUUCUUCAGUUACUCUCUCAUGAUAAUCUAGGGAUGAAAACAGUGGCAGUUAAGGCCCUUAAGAACCUGUCAAGCUUGCCACAAAAUGGGUUGCAGAUGAUUAAAGAAGGUGCACUUGGACCACUAUUUGAUAUCCUGUAUCGCCAUAGCUUGUCAUCCCCAAGUUUGCGUGAACAGGUUGCAGUUGUAAUCAUGCACCUUGCCAAAUCAACUAAUGCCCCAGCUUCGGAUGAUGAGCAAAUCUCAUUGCUGGAGUCGGAUGAAGAUAUUUUUAAGCUAUUUUCUCUGAUUUCUUUCACUGGACCGGACAUUCAAAGGAACAUUCUUGAAGCUUUUUGUGCGAUGUGCCAGUCAUCUUCAGGUCCAGACAUCAGAGCAAAGCUGAGACAGCUCCCUGCUGUCCAAGUAUUGGUUCAAUUAUGUGAGAUAAACAACCAAACGGUGAGAGUGAGAACCAGUGCAGUGAAGCUAUUCUAUUGCUUGACAGUAGAUGGUGACGACAUCAGUUUCCAGGAUCAUGUGGGCCAGAGAUGCAUUCAGACAUUGCUGAAGAUCAUAAACUCUUCAACCGACGAAGAAGAGAUCAGUGCAGCUAUGGGGAUCAUCUCGAAUCUUCCCAACACCAUACAGAUAACUCAAUGGCUUCUAGAUUCCGGGGCACUGGAUACAAUCUUUUCGUUCAUAACUGAUGGGAACCGAAAUACCUCGAACAAGAAGCUUGGAAUAGAGGAUGCUGCAAGAGCCCUUCGUCGUUUCACUGUUUCAACAAACAAAGAAUGGCAGAGAAAAGUAGCUGAAGCCGGCUUUAUUCAGGUGCUGGUACAAUUAUUAGUUUCAGGCACUUCUUUGACAAAACAUUAUGCAGCCAUAUCGCUUAAACAGUUUUCGGAAAGCUCGGCCUCAAUGAGCCAGCCGUUAAAGAAGACCAGAGCAUUCAUUUGCUGCUUUGCUGCAUCAGAAACAGGCUGCCAAGUACACCAAGGAAUAUGUACGGUUGAGUCUUCAUUCUGCAUUUUAGAGGCCAAUGCCGUCGAUCCACUAGUUCGGACUCUCGAGGACGGAGAUUUAGGAGCCCGUGAAGCUUCUUUAGACGCCCUAUUGACAUUGAUCGACAACGAAAGACUGCAAAGUGGUUGCAAAGUGCUUGACAAAGUAAAUGCCAUACCUCCAAUUAUAAAGCUAUUGAGUUCAACUUCAAACAAUUUGCAGGAGAAGGCACUGGGAGCUCUGGAAAGGAUAUUUCGGCUGCCCGAGAUGAAGCAGAGAUAUGCAACGUUGGCUCAAAUGCCGAUCGUCGAUAUAACUCAACGGGGAAGCAGCGGAAUGAAAUCGAUGGCUGCCAAAGUCCUUGCGCAGUUGAAUGUUCUAGGCGAACAAUCUUCAUAUUUCUGAAUCUGAAAUAUCAUCAUGUGCCUGUAAUUUUAUUGCUUGGCUGUUUGAUGAUCUGAAAUGGAUGAUAGUUUAACCAUUAUUUCUAGAAAUCGAUGAUAUUAUUUGUGAAAAUUUAUGGAGAUAGAAGUUACUUUUGUUGAUUGA